AUGGCAUCGAUAGCCUCGUCUCUUCAAAAAGCCCACGCCCCUGCCAGAAGGGCCGUCACCCGCGCUCCUCUUCUCGCAAGAACCUUGGCCACGGUUCCCACCCCCGAAAACCCCGACCAGGCGCCCCAGCCGAGGCGAAAGACAUACUUCAAAGAUUCCGCGGUAGCCCCCUUCUCCGACUUUGUCGCCACCUCCUCCGCCGCCCAGCCCCUCCCGCCCGCCGAUGCCUACGCCCUGCGAACAGCCCAGGUCGGACCAGCCGGCAGGAAGAGGACCAUCACGCGACUCCCCGAAUGGCUCAAGACGCCCAUCCCGGCCGGGAACGAGAACCUCAAGAAGAUCAAGAGCGACCUGCGCGGCCUCGGCCUCCACACCGUCUGCGAAGAGGCGCGGUGCCCCAACAUCUCCGACUGCUGGGGCGGGUCCGAGAAGAGCGCCGCCACCGCGACCAUCAUGCUCAUGGGCGACACGUGCACGCGGGGGUGCCGCUUCUGCAGCGUCAAGACGAGCCGCAACCCUGCGCCCCUGGACCCCCAUGAGCCGGAAAACACGGCCGAGGCUCUGGCUCGAUGGGGCCUGGGCUAUGUCGUCUUGACGAGCGUCGACCGCGACGAUCUGCCCGACGGCGGCGCCAGGCAUUUCGCCGAGACCAUCCGCAAGAUCAAGCAGAAGAAGUCUUCGCUGCUGGUCGAGGCACUCACGGGCGACUUCAUGGGCGACCUCGACAUGGUCAGCAUCGUGGCCGACAGUGGGCUGGACGUUUACGCGCACAAUGUCGAGACCGUCGAGGCUCUCACUCCGUACGUUCGCGACCGGCGAGCUACUUUCCAGCAGAGUCUGAGAGUCUUGAAGCACGUCAAGGACGUUCGAGGCAAAGAGGGCAUCAUCACCAAGACCAGCAUCAUGCUUGGUUUGGGUGAGCAGGAGCACGAGGUGAUGGAUGCAUUGAGGCAACUACGAAACGCAGACGUCGACGUCGUUACAUUUGGUCAAUACAUGCGGCCCACCAAGCGCCAUCUCAAGGUCGACAAGUACAUCACCCCCAAGGAGUUUGACAUCUGGCGUGAGCGUGCUCUGGAUAUGGGCUUCCUAUACUGCGCGAGCGGCCCCCUCGUCCGGUCAUCUUACAAAGCCGGUGAGGCUUUCAUCGAGAACGUUCUCCGCAAGAGAGCUGGUGGGAAUGGCUCUUCCACCACGACGGAGAGCCUCGCCAAGGCAGUUGCCCUUGAUGCAAAGACCCCCUAG